AGGGCGACUGGGAGGACCACGGGGAAGACCAGCCCGAGGGGCGGGGGAGGGGAGGCGGUUCAGUGGGGCUCUGGAGUGUGUGUCUGUGUCAGUGCGCGCGCGCGCGUGCGCGCGCGCGUGCGUGUGUGUGUGUGUGUGUGUGUGUCUGGCGCUUGUCCAAGGUGAUUUCCCAUAAACCACAUGCCCCCACAAGUCCUCUUAAAAGGCUGUGCCGAGGAGCUGGCCAGUGGAGACCGGCUGGUGGAAAGUGAAAGUUGCCUGGGUGCUCUCGGCGCCGCCGCCCGCUUUCCGCACCCCCGGGACUGCAGCGCGGCCCUCGGCCGGGGCGCGGGCUCUGCGGCGGCCAGCGAGCGAGCGAGCGAGGGCGGCCGACGCGCCCGGCCGGGACCCAGCUGCCCGUAUGACCGCGCGGGGCGCCGCCGGGCGCUGCCCUUCCACGACAUGGCUGAGCCGCCUGCUGCUGCUGGUCUGUCUCCUGGUGAGCAGGAGUAUUACCGAGGAGGUGUCAGAGCACUGUAGCCACAUGAUUGGGAACGGACACCUGCAGUUCCUGCAGCAGCUGAUUGACAGUCAGAUGGAGACUUCGUGCCAAAUUGCCUUUGAGUUUGUAGACCAGGAGCGGUUGAAAGAUCCCGUGUGCUACCUUAAGAAGGCCUUUCUCCUAGUGCAAGACAUAAUGGAGGACACCAUGCGCUUCAAAGACAAUACUCCCAAUGCCAAUGUCAUCGUGACCCUCCAGGAGCUCUCUCUGAGGCUAAGGAGCUGCUUCACCAAGGACUAUGAAGAGCAGGACAAGGCCUGUGUACGAACUUUCCAUGAGACACCCCUCCAGUUGCUGGAAAAGAUCAAGAAUGUCUUUAAUGAAACAAAGAAUCUCCUUAAAAAGGACUGGAACAUUUUCAGCAAGAACUGCAACAAGAGCUUUGAGAAAUGCUCCAGCCAAGAUGUGGUGACCAAGCCUGAUUGCAACUGCCUGUACCCCAAAGCCACCCCUACCAGUGACCUGGCCUCUGUCUCCCCUCAGCAGCCCCUUGCCCCCUCCACGGCCCCCAUGGCUCGCUUGACCCGGGCUGACUCUGAGGGGACAGAGGGCGGCUCCCUCUUGCCCAGUGAGCUGCCCCUCCGCACGGUGGACCUGGACCCGGGCACUGCCAAGCAGCGACCACCCAGGAGCACCUGCCAGAACUUUGACUCUCCAGAGCCCCCAGGUGUAGAGGCCAGUCCUAUCGGAGACUCACCUCAGCCCCAGUCCUCUGCCGGGGCCCCCACCCCUGGGAUGGAGCACAUUCUUGACUUUGUGUUGGGCACUAAUUGGACCCUAGAAGAGGCCUCCGGAGAGGCUAGUGAGGGUCCCGUACCCCAAGGGGCAGAGCUUUCCUCCUCCAGGCCGGGAGGAGGCAGCAUCCAGGCCAAGAUGACCGCCAGGCCCAGUGACCUCUUGUCAGCAUCUUUUCCAUUGUCCUACUCAGCCAGGAGCCAGCAGCCAGAGGACAUGACUAACAUACCCCUGCCCACGGUGGGCCCUGCGAGACCCACUGGCCAGGCCCAGAGUCAUACACCUGAGAAGACAGACCGUCCAUCUGCCAAGCCCAGAGACCACCAGGAGCCAGGCUCUGCCAGGACCCUGUCGCGGCCCCCACGAAGCCUCAGCAGUCUCAGGACCCCGUCGCGGCCUCCACGAAGCCCCGGUAGUCCCUCGGCCCUCUCUGCACAGCCAAGUCUUCCUGGAAGCCACUCCUGGGGCCAUGUGCUGCCCCUCAGGGAGUUGGAGGGCAGAAGGAGCACCAGGGAUCGGAGGAGCCCCACAGAGCUGGAAGGACAAGCAAGUGAGGGGCACAGGCCCUCAGCCCGCUUUAAUUCCAUUCCUUUGACUGACACAGGCCAUGAGAGGCAGCAGGAGGGACCGUCAGACCCUCAGCUCCCCGGGUUUGUCUUCCGCCUGCUGGUGCCCAGCAUCAUCCUGGUCCUGCUGGCCGUCGGCGGCCUCCUGUUCUACAGGCAGAGAAGGCGGAGCCAUCGAGAGCCUCAGACAGUGGAUUCUCCCAUGGAGCGACCAGAGGGCAGCCCCCUGACCCAGGAUGAGGACAGACAGGUGGAGCUCCCAGUAUAGAGGGGUUUCUAAGCUGGGCGCACAGGACAGUCUCUCCAUGGGACGAGACAUCAUGGGGGCGUCCACCACCACCCCUCCCCAGCCAUUCUCCUCACAAUGUGGCCUGCCCACCACGAGAGCUCCUGACCAGAGCAGCGAGGCUGGAGUCCCUCUGCCCUCGACCCUCAGACUCUGGACUGACCAGGAGAGGGCUGGAGGUUGCCCUCCACGCUGCUGAUAUUUAUCGUGGGCCCUCGCGGCUCCCAUCCACUGGAGGAAGGCUGGGAAGCUCGGCUGAGGACCCUCUGCGCCUCAGGGGCUGUGUUCUCCUCCUACUCCCCUCCAAGCCACACCUGGGCCAGGGACCCAGAUGCCUGUAGGACGUGGGAGAGCAGGGUGGGCACCGAGGAAUGAAAGAGCCCUUUGCCCAGAGGACCGCCUGGUGCCUAGGGAUGAUGCCAGCACCGACAAGCAGGGACUUGUCUCCAGCGAGAGAAGCAUGAGAUUGGCAGGGCGGGACAGCGUCAGCUGGAUUUCCCGUAAAGGUGUGCGGCCCAAAAGACGGGAAGAGAAGGCCUCUGGGCCUGUUGGUCUGCACUGACAGCCUGGAGCGUGUCUGCACCCUCCACUUGCCCAAGUGCCCUCUGCUGGUUGCCAGGCAGAGAGGAGAGGUCAGCCCUGCCCUCGGGACCUGUCUGGCUUGGUUCCAAUGCCAAGGGGAAGACCAGGCUCUGGGAUCUGCCCCACUUUCCCUCCAGCCCUGCCAGAGCUUCUCCGGGAGGCUGCGCAGAGGCUCCCCUCACGAAGGAAGCCAUUGCACUGUGAAUACUGAACCUGCCUGCUGAACAGCCUGCCCCGUCCAUCCCUGUGAGCGAACAUCUGUCCGGCCUCCUGCCCCUCCAGCCUCUCGCCAGCUUCCUGCACUGAGUGCCCGAGCCGGCCUUGCCUGUCGACUGAGGGAGCCCCUAAGCCCUGACCUUCUGCUGACCCAGGCUUCGACUCCCCAGGGUGGAUGGGGUGGGAGAACUGCCUGGGCUGCCAGCCAGAGCUGGUCUUUAGGCUGCGUUGUUCGCCCAGGUUUCUGCAUCUUGCACUUUGACAU